AUGUAUUUCUCUCUCUCGUUUAAGUUCAUUGUGAUCAUCACCCACUCCAUUACUCUAUUACCCCUCUAUUCAUCCCCCCACUCCAUUACUGUUACCCCUCUAUUCAUCCCCCCACUCCGUUACUCUGUUACCCCUCUAUUCAUCCCCACUCCAUUACUGUUACCCCUCUAUUCAUCCCCCCACUCCGUUACUCUGUUACCCCUCUAUUCAUCCCCACUCCAUUACUGUUACCCCUCUAUUCAUCCCCCCACUCCAUUACUCUGUUACCCCAUUCACCCCCCCACUCCGUUACUGUUACCCCUCUAUUCAUCCCCCCCACUCCGUUACUGUUACCCCUCUAUUCAUCCCCCCACUCCAUUACUCUGUUACCCCUAUUCACCCCCCCCCCCCCCCACUCCGUUACUGUUACCCCUCUAUUCAUCCCCCCACUCCGUUACUCUGUUACCCCUAUUCACCCCCCCCACUCCGUUACUGUUACCCCUCUAUUCAUCCCCCCACUCCGUUACUGUUACCCCUCUAUUCAUCCCCCCACUCCGUUACUCUGUUACCCCUAUUCAUCCCCCCACUCCGUUACUGUUACCCCUCUAUUCAUCCCCCCACUCCGUUACUCUGUUACCCCUAUUCAUCCCCCCACUCCGUUACUCUGUUACCCCUAUUCAUCCCCCCACUCCGUUACUCUGUUACCCCUCUAAUCAUCCCCCAUUCCGUUACUCUGUUACCCCUAUUCAUCCCCCCACUCCGUUACUCGGUUAUCUCUAUAUUCAUCCCCCCACUCCAUUACUCCUCUAUUCAUCCCCCCACUCCGUUACUCCUCUAUUCAUCCCCUCACUCUGUUACGGUUACUCCUCUAUUCAUCCCCCCACUCCGUUACUCCUCUAUUCAUCCCCCCACUCCAUUACUCCUCUAUUCAUCCCCCCACUCCGUUACUCCUCUAUUCAUCCCCCCACUCCGUUACUCCUCUAUUUAUCCCCCCACUCCGUUACUCCUCUAUUCAUCCCCCCACUCCGUUACUCCUCUAUUCAUCCCCCCACUCCGUUACUCCUCUAUUCAUCCCCCCACUCCGUUACUCCUCUAUUCAUCCCCCCACUCCAUUACUCCUCUAUUCAUCCCCCCACUCCAUUACUCCUCUAUUCAUCCCCCCACUCCAUUACUCCUCUAUUCAUCCCCCUACUCCGUUACUCCUCUAUUCAUCCCCCCACUCCGUUACUCCUCUAUUCAUCCCCCCACUCCGUUACUCCUCUAUUCAUCCCCCUACUCGGUUACUCCUCUAUUUAUCCCCCCACUCCGUUACUCGGUUACUCCUCUAUUCAUCCCCCCACUCCGUUACUCCUCUAUUUAUCCCCCCACUCCGUUACUCGGUUACUCCUCUAUUCAUCCCCCCACUCCAUUACUCCUCUAUUCAUCCCCCCACUCCAUUACUCCUCUAUUCAUCCCCCUACUCCGUUACUCCUCUAUUCAUCCCCCCACUCCGUUACUCCUCUAUUCAUCCCCCCACUCCGUUACUCCUCUAUUCAUCCCCCUACUCGGUUACUCCUCUAUUUAUCCCCCCACUCCGUUACUCGGUUACUCCUCUAUUCAUCCCCCCACUCCGUUACUCCUCUAUUUAUCCCCCCACUCCGUUACUCCUCUAUUCAUCCCCCUACUCGGUUACUCCUCUAUUUAUCCCCCCACUCCGUUACUCCGUUACUCCUCUAUUCAUCCCCCUACUCCGUUACCCUUCUUUGUCCACCUCUCUGCCACCUUUCUAUUCACCCUUUCUUCAUUGGUCUCCCCAUUCUCCUUCUCUCUACCCAAAUUAAUCCACAAAAACAUAUUGUUUUUGUGGAUUCAAUUCUAUAUCCCAGCCCUCUGUACCAAUCCAGCCCUCUGUCCCAAUCCAGCCCUCUGUCCCAAUCCAGCCCUCUGUCCCAGCCCUGCCUCAACCCAGUCCUCUGUCCCAGCCCUCUGUCCCAGCCCUGCCUCAAUCUAGCCCUCUGUCCCAGCCCUGCCUCAACCCAGCCCUGCCCCAACCCAGCCCUCUGUCCCAGCCCUGCCUCAACCAAGCCGUGCCUCAACCCAGCCCUCUGUCCCAGCCCCGCCACAACCCAGCCCUCUGUCCCAGCACUGCCUCAAUACAACCCUCUGACCCAGCCCUGCCUCAACACAACCCUCUGACCCAGCCCUGCCUCAACACAACCCUCUGACCCAGCCCUGCCUCAACACAACCCUCUGACCCAGCCUCUAUUCUACUUCAGCCCUCCUCCAGUACUCCCUGGAUCCUGAGUGAGCCUCCACUCCCCCCUUCCCCUCAUGGCAGGUAUCAUGGACCCUGAGGAUACAAUUGUAACAGAACCCAAGGAUGAGGAUAUCUAACCUGAGGAUAGAAUCGGAACAGAACUGGAGGAUAGAAUUCUAAUGGAACCUGAGGAUAGAAUCGGAACAGAACUGGAGGAUAGAAUUCUAAUGGAACCUGAGGAUAGAAUCGGAACAGAACUGGAGGAUAGAAUUCUAAUGGAACCUGAGGAUAGAAUCGGAACAGCACUGGAGGAUAGAAUUCUAAUGGAACCUGAGGAUAGAAUCGGAACAGAACUGGAGGAUAGAAUUCUAAUGGAACCUGAGGAUAGAAUCGGAACAGAACUGGAGGAUAGAAUUCUAAUGGAACCUGAGGAUAGAAUCGGAACAGAACUGGAGGAUAGAAUUCUAAUGGAACCUGAGGAUAGAAUCGGAACAGAACUGGAGGAUAGUGUUAAUUUAUCCAGAAGGUUCUGAUGCUGAGGAGCCAGAUGGGAUUCUCUUUGAGCCAGAGGAGCAACAAGAGGGAGAUGAGGAUGAUGAGGAGGAUAACAUCUUUGCCACAUGGAUGGGCCGCUACAAGAAAGCAGCAGAACAGGAGGACAAGGAUAAAGAGGUGGAGAAAAGAGGCAGUGAUAGAGGAGAGGAAGAACAGCUUCGAACGACAAGCUCCACCACGGGCAGACCGGCGGCAAUCACUACCCUGUCCAUGUAUAUAGGAGUGGCUGUGGGGGAAGCAGGUGUGUUGUGUGCAGGUGGUGCUCUUGCCAGAACCACUCUACUGGAGCUCCACUUGGGUUAAAGUACCCUGAGAACCACGUAGAACAGCCUAGAACUGGACAGAACCACUUAGAACUGGACCCAACCUCUCACAACUGCAUAUAGUUGGAAAGAACUGCCUAGACAGAACUACACCUACCUGGAAGAACUACCCAGAACUGAUGAGAACCGGUGAAGAACUGCAGAAAAACACUCAGAACUGCCUAGUGUUGUAAUGAACCUUGCAGAACUGCCUAGUGUUGUAAUGAACCUUGCAGAACUGCCUAGUGUUGUAAUGAACCUUGCAGAACUGCCUAGCGUUGUAAUGAACCUUGCAGAACUGCUUAGAUACCAACAUCACUUAUUUUUAUUUAUUUUUAUUUGACCUUUAUUUAACUAGGCAAGUCCGUUGAGAACAAAUUCUUAUUUUCAAUGACGGCCUAGGAACAGUGGCCUAGGAACACUAACUGCCUGUUCUGAAUCUAGAGUGCUGUGCUGAGAGAGAGACCUCUGUAUUCCCCCAAAUCCCAAUAAUCCAGUAUCUUUUAAUAUUGUUUGUGUGAUAGUGUAUGAGUGAAAUGUAUGGAUGUUUUUCCAAAGGUUUUACUUAUAAGAAUCGAUUCAACAUGUUUAUUUCAAGAUGUUGUUUGUUUAGUCAAAUAAGGGCAUUUACAUUUUUACAUUGUAUCCCAUCUACGUCUUUGUUUUCCUCUAGUCAUCCCCUAGUCAUUGAAUAAAACACUUGGUUGUUCUAAUUGUAAAAUGU